AUGGCAACCCUAGUCGACUAUGGCACUGGCCCAGAAUCCAAACUCCAUAUGCAUCCGUUCUUCCAGAAAGUGUCCGCGAUCGACGCCUCCUCACCUCAUCGUUCGCCGUCUAGCGUGCCGGAAGGGAACAGUACGGUUGAAGACAACUCCACAAACCACAAUGAAGACCUUGGCUACACCUCUAGCGACGUAGCACGCACAGAAGCUGUUCGGACCGCCCCCGAGGGCAAGUGGAGUGUGGAUGAAGGUGACGACCUUGAAUACGAAAACUCCAGAAUAAAACGACGAAGAGUCUCUGCCGGUCUAAACCAUCCACCCUCUCAGACAAUAGAAACUCCGAACACAAAUCAAACGACGUGGUACGAGCAACCUGAGGCUGCAGCAAAAACAUUUGUGGGGGUUGAAACACCCCUGGGUUGUGCCGAGGAUCAGACAGUCGCAGCUCUGUCUCCCUUGAGUGACAAAGAGGGUGUGAUUCACUCAGCUCUAUCUAUCUUAUCCAAAGAUGGUUCUCCUAAGUCGGAAAGGCCAAUUCCUACUGCUCAGCUUCCUUUUAGUGGUUCGUCGAAUUCAUGUGACAUCGACCUCACAAGUUCGCCGGCUCGUCACCCUCCACUAACCGGCGGCGCAAUGGGCCCCCAGUUCUCCGGUGAAAGAAAGCCUUCCCCAACGCCCCCCCAGAAAUUGUUGCGAAGCGGUCACGGGAAGCUCGUCUUUUCACCCAAGAAAUCUACAAAACAUGCGUCACAAAACCUCGCGACUGAUGCGAGUGGGGAGACUAGUGACGCGGGCAAGACUACCAAUAUAGCUAAAAAACUUGAGAUGAAGAAUGGGAGGUUGGUUUCGUCCUUGCGAGUUACAUUGUCAUACUCAGCGCCAGAAUCUGGUGCUAAGAUCACCGAGAUCUUGUCCAGCAAGUCUGAAAAGCGCAGUAAUCAAGUCUCACAGGCCAAGUUCGCACAGAGAGUUGCAUCGUCGGGCAGGCCAACACACCCAUUCUUCUUAGGACGAUUAUCAGGGAAUGCUCAAAAGCAAUCUGACCAAAACAGUGAGACGUCCUCGGAUGAGACAACCUCAAAGUCCAAGGCACCAAAACCCUGGAAAGACAUCAUAUUCGAGUCCAAGAAGGCAUUCCCAAACAAAAGUGUACCGUCGCUACCGCCAGUCUGGCCUCCGGCUGAUAUCCAACAUGUGCGUCCAAAUUAUCUCCCAAGUCGUUCCGUCGCAAUUCGGACACUCCCGUUAUUACGGCCAAAGUCCAAACAACAUGCUUUGCGCGUCGAUGCGGAUGAGGAUGUGCUUUGGAACUUUUCGCGACGCUUGAAGCAGAGAGCCAACAAGUCUCUCGUUCGCGCACCUGAGCGUAAGGUCAUGAGUGGCAGAGAACUGCUAAAAAUGACUGAAACGCUCUAUGGGACGGACCACUUGAGUCGACAGCCAGAUUCAAUUUCACAUCUAGAAGCUGUUAUCGAAUCGACCCGCAGCUCCUUUGACAGGGGCGUGGCCGCCGGCCCCCAGUUGUGGUGUCAUGAAUACGCACCCACUUGUUGGCAAGAGAUCCUGGAGCCACAGGGUAAAGCUUUGCACGACUGGCUCAGCAAUCUAAAAGUCCAUCAAGUUCAAACGGGCAAGCCACAACUGAAGGCAAGGCCUCCGACUCCCAAAAAAAGACGCAAGAGGAAAUCGGAUGACAUGGACGACUUCAUUGCAUAUUCAGACGACGAUGAUGCUCGUUCGGCUGCGAGUUCAAAGAAUGCGAUACUGCUCACAGGACCUCCAGGCUCGGGAAAAACUGCUUCCGUCUUCGCUGUUGCACAACAACUUGGAUUUGAAGUCUUUGAGAUCCAUCCAGGUAUGCGACGAAGUGCAAGGGACAUCCUGGACAAGGUUGGCGACAUGACACAAAAUCAUCUGGUCCAACACUCCGACACAUCGAGUCGAAGAUCAAGUAUCUCGGUGGGCGACCAUGACACACCUUGCUCCACCUCUGGACCUUUGCCAGAGACCCGCAACCCCCUGGCAAAUUUUAUGGGCCCUGGCAAGGGUGGUAAACAGUCCAAAAUCGCUGAAGUGAAAGAUGUCAAAGACUCCAAGAUCAAAUCACAAAAGCAAUCUCUCGUCCUGUUUGAGGAAGUCGACAAUCUUUUCGAGGAGGAUAAAGGCUUCUGGGGUGGAGUUCAAUCACUGAUUCGAACUUCGAAGCGACCGGUCAUCCUCACGUGCAACAGUGUCGACUCCAUUCCGAUGGGUGAUUUGGAUCUCUUUGCCGUUUUGCGCUAUGAUUGUGCGGAGCAAGGCCCGGCUGUUCAGCUUCUGGGUUCCAUGUGUGCUGCCGAAGGACAUUUGCUGGGCAAGGAGGCCUUGGAGAGUCUCUACUUCACCAAAGGCCAUGAUCUCCGUGCCUCGAUCAUGGAGCUUAAUCUCUGGUGCCAAAUGACGGUUGGAUCGCAGCAGGGCGGUCUGGACUGGAUGCUCACGGAUAAUGACGCGUCCAACUUCAAGCCAGAUGGCUCGGUGACUCGAAUCGUCAGCCAAGAUACUUUUACCAGCGGUCUUGACUUACUGCCGACGGACUUUGAGGACACAGAAGAUCUGAUCCGAUUCUCUCAGGACAGCUUGGGCAUUCCGGCAAUAGAUUGGGUUCGGAACGACAUAUCGUCGGCCAGCACUGAGCCAAUCCGUCUCUCAGCGUUGACCGAGACGCUCAUCCUUUCUGAGGCGAGAAGCGCAAUGGAUCUAGUCGAUGACACAACAACACCUGCGGUAGCAGGUGUGUUAUGGAAACUAUGCCAUCCAGCUUCUGCUGACGCAAGCGCCUGCACACCCGGAAGUAAUGAAAUCGUUCGUCUAUACCUCAGAGAAUUGAACGAAUCACAGCUCUAUCCGUCAUCGAUAUGCGGAGCUUUCGAACCCCUCCUAGAAGAAUCGCGUAUCGGGCUACCCAGCUCUCCAGGGCGCAAAGCUCCGACCCUGGAUAAUCCGUCCGCCAUCUCACUCGUGACAGAAGUUGCUCCCUACAUCCGGUACAUCGUGUCAUAUGACCAGCGACUAGAACAGUUGCGAAGUGAACUACAUGGGACGAGUCAGCACGGCGCGAAGAGACAGCGGCGCACUAGGGUAGCGAGAGCAGCAUUAGAAGGUGGGAACAAGAGUACCGUACGAAGAGACAAGUGGUUCCCUGAAGAUUUGGAUUGGAGUGCCGUGAUGAGGACGGGCAACGAGUGGCCCCAAGCCAGAGACGUGGAUAUCCUGGACAGUCUUGCUGCUCAAACACCGACUUCAUCAAUGGGAAUGGAAAUGGAGGCAGACGACCCUGCAUUGUAG